GAACGUUUUGUUUCAUGGUAGUUUAGCUUUUUAAUUAUGAGAAUGAAAACGGAAAUUGAAUUAAGAACUUAAAAAAACAAAAACAACGCCGAAUGCAUAAAGAUUACAUAUUUAAGUUACUGUUCAUGUAAUUGAAUUAUUUGUUUGUGAAGUAUUUAUAGUUAAAGACAGAUUCUACACUAAAAUAAUCAUCAUGAGCGGACUAUGUUUGUGUGUGUGGUUCAAACAUAAGCCUGAAGAGAUUUUCCUGAAACCAAGGAUGGGCGUCGGCGCUAGCUCCUCACCGCCCAAGAACCUGGUGUUGUACAUCCACGGACUGAGCGCUCCGUCGCGGGCUGUAUGGAUGGCCGCUAAAGCCGCCGACAUUCCGGUCACCAUUCGAUACCUGGACCUCUUCAAGGGCGAACAUAAAACUCCCGAGUUUGCGAAAAUAAACCCCGACACAACAGUGCCUACACUUCAGGAUGGAGAUUUUUCUUUAUGGGAAAGUCGCCCAAUUAUGACCUAUCUAGUAUCUCGCUAUGCCAAGAACUCUAGACUCUACCCUAAAGACCUCCAGGAGAGGGCAGUUUGCGAUCGUUUACUGCACUAUGACCUUGGUUCAGUGUACAAAACUAUAAGCGAAUAUAUGUAUCCCCAGUUGUUUCAAUCCAAGCCCCCGGACACGGAUAAAGAAGCAGCCAUGAGGAAAGUGUUCGACUACAUGAACAGACAGCUUCAGGGUCAAAAAUACAUGUGCGGUGACGACAUGACAAUAGUGGACAUUUCCAUGGCAACAAAUCUCGCACUGAUAGAGCUACGCAACUACAAGCUUGACCAGUGGUCACUAAUGGCCACGUGGUACCAGAGAAUGAAGAGUUUACCGUACUGGGCGGAGUGUAACCAAGGAUUGUACGAGUGGAAGUCGCCCAUGAUGAUGGAUCACUAGAGCACUGGUGUGUAGGCGACCAAAGACAUUUCUGGAAUUAAGAUCUAGUUCAUAUGUUUCUUUAACACAGUUCACCAUUCAUAUUUUGUUCAUAGUAUGUAAUUAUGAAAAGAUACGGAUCAAUUGACACUUCAUUUGUAAAUGUAUAUAGAUCAAAUAAAUUACUAGGGAAAGCAAAACCAAA